AACUUUUCAAACUUCCUGAUGAUCUUUGGUCCAAGGUAAUGACAGCUCAGUUUCUCCACAUUUCAGAAAGAAAUCUGAAACUCCUAAGUUUUAUAUGAUAGCCUAGCUUAAUAUACAUCGUAAACUUCUCGUCAUAUCUUGUUCAGCAUUGUCCAAAGAAUGCACGAAGGAUUAAUUUACUGGGCAUUCAAAAGUGACCGCCGGCGGAAGCCAAGCUAGUUGCUUUAGACUAGCCCUAUUUGCUAACAGCGCAACAUCGUCAACGUGGAAAGAAGGAUGUGGAUAUGCUGACCGCUGCAACAUCUACAUACAAGUCAGAUUUAGUGACAAGAACUCUCAACAGCCGCUGCAAAGAGCAUGGAAUGUAGAGAAGAGGACUCUGGCUUGGGCACUGUAGUGUCCACUGUGUAGCGCUACUUCACUACUUUGCGUGGCCAGACGGGGCGCCAGCAGGAGGCCGGCGAUGAGGGUGCGCUGCUCACGCAAGCUCAACCUCCUGACCAAGACCUUCUUCCUCGUCGGCGUCCUGUGGCUGGCCUACGUGUUCCUGGCCCCCGCGUCCACCUCCGGGGCCGCGGGAGAGGAUGGUGGGGGCCGCUCCCUGCUGGUCCGGCAGUUUGCCUCGCUGGGGGGGGAGGAUGGGGGGAGGGCGGCGGAGCCGCCGACCAGGCCCGUUUACGUGAAGGCGCCGGCGGACAGCAACGCGCCCGGAGAGUGGGGGAAGGCCACCAGGCUCGACCUGGGGCCCGAGGACAAGAAGCUGGAGGAGGACAGCGUGGAGCGCUACGCCAUAAACAUCUACGUCAGCGACAGGAUCUCCCUGCAUCGCCACAUCCAGGACAACAGGAUGUACGAGUGUCGAGCGAAGAUAUUUGACUACCGUCACCUGCCCACCACGUCCGUCAUCAUAGCGUUCUACAACGAGGCGUGGUCCACCCUGCUCAGGACCAUCCACAGUGUGCUGGAGUCCACCCCCGCCAUCCUGCUGAAGGAGAUCAUCCUCAUCGACGACUUCAGCGAGAGGGUCUAUCUGAAGUCUCAGCUGGCUGGGUACAUCAGCAACCUGGAGCGUGUGCGCCUCAUCCGCACCAACAAGAGGGAGGGGCUGGUGAGGGCGAGGCUCAUCGGCGCCACCUACGCCACGGGAGACGUCCUGACCUUCCUUGACUGUCACUGCGAGUGCGUCCCUGGCUGGAUCGAGCCUCUGCUGGAGAGGAUUGGUGAGAACAAGAGCACCAUUGUGUGUCCGGUCAUUGACACCAUCGACUGGAACACCUUUGAGUUCUACAUGCAGACGGACGAGCCCAUGAUCGGGGGCUUCGACUGGAGGCUGACCUUCCAGUGGCAUGCCGUCCCCGAGGCCGACCGCAACAGACGCAAGUCUCGCAUCGAACCCAUUAGGUCUCCUACCAUGGCGGGUGGACUGUUUGCUGUGAGCAAGGCCUACUUUGAGUACCUGGGUACCUAUGAUAUGGGCAUGGAGGUGUGGGGAGGAGAGAACCUGGAGCUCUCGUUUAGGGUCUGGCAGUGUGGGGGCAGCCUGGAGAUCCACCCCUGCUCUCACGUGGGCCACGUCUUCCCCAAGAAGGCCCCCUACGCCCGGCCCAACUUCCUCCAGAACACCGUCCGUGCCGCCGAGGUCUGGAUGGACUCCUACAAGCAGCACUUCUACAACAGGAACCCACCGGCCAGGAAGGAGUCUUAUGGGGACAUCUCAGAGAGGGUUGUGCUGAGGGACAGGUUGAAGUGUCAGAGCUUCGACUGGUACCUGAGGAACAUCUACCCUGACCUGCAUGUGCCUGAGGACCGAGAGGGCUGGCACGGAGCCGUUCGUAGCUCUGGGAUCCAUUCAGAGUGUCUGGACUACAACUCCCCAGAGCACAGUCCUACAGGAGCGCACAUCUCUCUGUUCGGCUGUCAUGGACAGGGAGGCAACCAGUACUUUGAGUACACAUCACAGAAGGAGAUCCGCUUCAACUCGGUGACAGAGCUGUGUGCUGAGGUGCUGCAGGGCCAGACCCACGUGGGGAUGAGGCACUGCCCUCGUGACAGACUCCCCAGGCCUCCCUCCAUCAUCUGGGAGUUCAGAGACGACGGCAGCAUCUACCACCCUCUCUCCGACUCCUGCGUCACGUCCUACCGCACCAACGAGGGACGCACAGACAUCCAGAUGAAGAAGUGCUCCCCUGCAGACAAAAACCAGCGCUGGACGUUUGAGUGGUGACAGGAAACAGGAAGCAGGAAGUGGCAUUUCAAGUGACCUUUUGACCUUGUGUGAUGGCCUCUGUGGUGCGUUUUCCUGAAACUCAUUUUAAUGAACAGAAAGAUUUUGUUCAACGACAAGAUGUUUUGGGGGAGCGAGGACUUUUAGGAUGCAAGUCUUGUGACAACGUUUUUUAAACCAUGACCGAGGUAAAAACCACAAGGCCUGUUUCCUGUUUGACAGUGUACAGUAUCCCUUCCGGUGCCUUCGUCAGAUGCAAAAGAGGCCAGACCACACCUGAAGUGCCAAUACUUCUACCCAUCAUUGUUAAUUCUGUAUACACACAUUGUGUUUGUAUUCGCUUUUAGACUGUUCUCUCUUGUGCUAUACUAGACAGGUCUGUAGACCAUGUGCCUUGAAACGUGGGGGGGGGUCUUCAUCUUCCUUAACCCUUGUGCUGCCUUCGGGUCACAUGACCCAAAGGUUCACAACGAACCAUGGUUGUGUUUACCCAAUUUUAUCCAAUACAAAAACAAAUAAAUAGCAUUUUCUUUUAAACUUCGCAAUGUGGGGGGUCUGAGACAGCCCGACGGUUAAAAGAAAAUGCUUCAGUUUGUUUUUGUAUGCGGUAAAGUUGUUGCAAUACGACGGUGGGUCACAAUGACUGAUGGGUCAGAAUGACCCGAAGAUAACACAAGGGUUGAGUCCUCCUUGACUAGGAAGCUCAUUACAUUUCUGAUGCUGAAUAAUCCUCUCAUCAAUGUUUUGACGUCAAAACCUGGCACACAUCAGGUGAUCAAAUAUAUACUUCCAAUAAUGUUUUAAGAAUGUCCAUGGGCGAUAGGAAAUGUAUCUACACUUAUAUACUAUUCUAUAAUCAGUCUUGGGUGUACACGUUGACUCUUAAGCAGUGUCUACUUUAAGUGAGACAUUACUCUGAGACGGUGUGAUAUCUUUGAGAUAUUACUGCACGGCCCAUGACUGUACAGAAUGCUGUGACAGUGACAAUGGUGUGGAAUCAUGGGAGAGUGAUAUGCUGUUGGGAGCAGAACUAGACUGAUCUAACUCAGAACUAUGUCUCAGGAGACGCCCAGGAGUCGGGCUACAGGCUGUUGGAGCAAGACUUGAAGACGUCUGUUGAGCGUUUGUUAAGCUUAACGUGCAAUUUGACCGGAGGGAGGGGGACACAGGGAGAAGACAUGGGGUCCAUGGUGGCUGUUAGAUUCGACUUCUGUGGACUGUAAAUUAAAAGUUGCCCUUCAUACAGUACUAGCCUACUGUGCCUCAAAGUCUCACCUCUGCAGCCUAAUGGACAGACCUCGCUUUAGCACACUGUGUUCCUACUAUUGACCGUAGGUUUGACAAGUUCAUUUCAAAGAAUCAUGUGUCACUCUCCAAACUUGCUCACCAGAAUUCUGCUAUAUCCUUCCUCACUUCUAAACUGGGAUGUCUUUGGGUUUUUCUAAUGGGGCUUGAUGGGGUUUUUGUGGACUAAAAGAACAUACAUUAGAUCUUCAUAAAAAAAGAUUUGAUGUAACUUGAUUCUUAUUUUUUGCAGUUGAAGUGCUUGUUGAUUUCUUUGUACUGCAGGUGAUUUGAUAUAAUAAGUCUUUUGUGGUGUUUUGCACUUUAUGGCUUUUUGAAAUGUUUUUAUUUGUUAAGGAAUGGUUGAUCCUAGAAAACAACUCUUUACUAUGUAUUUUCUUUUCUGUUGUUUUUUGUAAAUGAUGUGAUGCAAAUGAUAAGGGAAUUGUGCGUGUUUGAACUACUAAUGAAGCACAAGAGAUUGAGAAGUUAAUCACAUGAUGAAACAAAUUAUGAAAAUGACGUUUGUUGUGAAUUUCGGAAGGAUGGAUGCUUGGAACAUUAAAAAUCAAAAAUAAAUUGGCAGAGUGUAUGAACGCUUUUAUAUGUACACACGGUUCUAAUUGGGCAUCCUUGCAUUGCAUGGGAAUAUCAAGUGUCGAUAACAGUCGAGCCUUUGUGUUUGCGCCAUCUAGUGGCACGAAAGCUUCUAUGAAAAUAGUGCCAUUUGUCAAGAUGCCAUAGAUGUCCUCAUGCAUAGAAAAAUAAAACACUCCGGUUGCCUUGUC